GCGACUCUUCCUCCGUUCCCGUCUGACCCGGCCUCCCAUCCCCGACUACAAAAUCCCCGCCCCCCUCUCCUCUCCCGUCCACCAAACCAAACCAAUCCAAUCCCCUCUCCGCGAUCUCACCGGGAAAUUCCUCGACCGAUUGAAAGCCAAGGCCCUCUCGUCCUCCUUCAAGAUGCAGAUCUUCGUGAAGACCCUCACCGGCAAGACCAUCACCCUCGAGGUCGAGUCGUCUGACACGAUCGAUAAUGUCAAGGCCAAGAUCCAGGACAAGGAGGGAAUCCCUCCGGACCAGCAGCGCCUCAUCUUUGCCGGCAAGCAGCUGGAGGAUGGCCGCACCCUGGCUGACUACAACAUUCAGAAGGAGUCCACCCUCCACCUGGUGCUCAGGCUUCGUGGAGGCAUGCAGAUUUUUGUCAAGACGCUCACCGGCAAGACCAUCACCCUGGAGGUGGAGUCCUCGGACACCAUCGACAAUGUGAAGGCCAAGAUCCAGGAUAAGGAGGGCAUUCCCCCGGACCAGCAGCGUCUCAUCUUCGCUGGCAAGCAGCUGGAGGAUGGCCGCACCCUGGCAGACUACAACAUCCAGAAGGAGUCUACCCUUCACCUGGUGCUCCGCCUGCGUGGUGGCCAGUAAGUGCGUGAUAGCCGCUUCUGUCUCAGGGUUAACAGGUCUGGUGUUGUCGGUGUACUCCAAUGUAGUUUUCAGCGUGUGCUCUGGUCGUGUUUCUAUCGCUGCUAUGUUUGUUUGUGUCUACAAACUUAUGAUGUGAUGUGGCUUUGAGUUUGGAUGAUGAAAACGUGAUGAAUAAGUGAACCCUUAAUAUCAUGUGAAACUCUAUCGUCUGUGCCA